AUGACCGUCAACAUCGACCAGCUCAACACCAAAAUGACCGAAUGGCUCUCAGCCUUCAAAUCCCACCCCCAACUCCAACCACCCUCCCCACAACCAACCCUCUUCUUCAUGUACGAAUUCGCCCGCAACACGCACUCCAUGCUCGAGAAGAUCGACGCCGACAAGUACCGCGCCUCGGACCCCGGCGCCCUCGCGCAGAUGAAAGAAGUCACCGGCCGGAACAUGUUCGCGAAGGUCCUGCUGAACGAUACUACGGGGAAGCUGGGGGCUAUGACGGGUGGCGGGACGGUUGAUUUCGGGGAGGAGGUGAAGGGGAAGGCAGAUGCGGUUAAUGCUGUUGGGGCUUAG